AUGCCCCGCCCUAGCACGGUAGAGAUAGAUGAUCAGGUGGAUGAUGCGAGCUCUGCCGUUGGGACAGAAUAUGGCAGUGCGCAUUCUGAUAACUUCAAUCAAGAGGAUCCACACCCUCUGCCAGAACAAUUCAUUCCUCCAGGGUCCAGUUCUACCCAAAUAUCCUCGGACCAAUCACAACCUCCUCCAACUCGUUUCAAUCCGGAGCAAAUGAAUGCUGAACCUCCAUCUCACGCCUAUAACAGCUCGGCUCCGUCAGCUUUUGGUCACUCGAUAGCCAACAAAAUGGAAGCAUCAGCUGGCCAAAAACCCUCUGAAGUUGUUGCUGGCGAAAAUCAUAACCUCUUGAAUGUACAGGUUUUCACGGAACAUCUCGCACGGAGACGCUUCAACAAUAAAAAAGAAUAUAUACUAUCCGUACCGCCCAACCAUAAUACCUCGACUCCGUCAUAUUCUGAUGACUCGAUAGACGAUGAACGGGAUCAAUACAAUCAAUCUAGCUUCACUUCUGAGCAACUUUCCAAGCUUCUCCAACCCAAACUCUUCGUCAAAAAGAACGAAAAGGCUUUACUUCUGCCCGUCCUCAAAAGCUCGGCUCAGACCUAUUCCAGUGGCUCGAUGGAGUAUAGGGUGAAAGCGUUGGUUGGCCCCGACAGAUAUCGAAUCGAUGCAUUACCUGAUACUGGCGCCAAACGUAACUUCGUUUCCCAGCAGCUUGUCGUGAAGCUUGGACUCGUACCCAAAGUCAGCACAAAAGAAAAGUUCCGGCUACCUACGGGGGCAACAAUCAAGUCUUACGGCACAGUAGAUGUCCCUUUCACUUUCUUAGGAGAAUCAGAGCAACACUUGCUUGACUGUUGUAUCCUCCCCAAAUGCACUCAAGAUCUCAUCCUGUGUCAAGCUUUUCUCAAAGCUACGGGUACUCUGACCAAAUUCACUCACCGUAUCACAAAAUCGUUGAGAAAGUUUACCUCUCGUCUUAGGUUUAAUCUUAUCGAGAACGAUACCUGUUGUCUGCAGGGAAGGUUUGAUGACAUACCUUCACUUGCUCUGGCCGACACAGGCUGCGACGCAAUGUUGAUAUCAACAAACUUUGCUAAGCGACACUCCCUGGAAAUUGAUCGGGAUGUGGAGCACAGGCGCAUCAUUGAAUACGCCGAUGGUUCUCUGGAUAUCACUGCUGGUAUCGUUCACAGUACUACUUGGCAGUUCCGCAGUUCGUGGGACAAGAUCCACUGUAACUUUUAUGUACUUGAUGGUCUCAAAGCAGAUAUCAUAUUGAGCAGUCAUUUCAUUUUUGAACACGACGUAUUUUCGCAAUACGAGCUUGAUGUGGUCGAUAAUAGUCUUGUUCCGGAACAAGACUUUGGAGAUCUUUACAACAUUCGGCUAAUCAGUCACUAUAGCUCUGCGCUGCAGUACCUUGAGACUUCUUCCAUCGCCGACAUGAAUUCACCCGGUUCUUUCAGCCCGGAGGCAAUCAAAGCUGAGAGGGUUCGACGUGAUCUGAUUCGAGACGCGAUCAACGCUCUUCCCCUGGACCAACAGGAUCAGGCUCGCAUUGAUGAGAGAAACAGGCAAGAAAUAUGGGACGGCUACCGGAAAAGACAUUUCGAGAGAGAAGGGGGAAUCACGGAUUCCACUCAGCAGGUUCUGGUUGUUCGAAAACAACGCUGGUGGGAUAAAGGGAUGGUCUGGAGACGAUUGAGAAGGAGAUUGACCAAGUGA